AUGAUUAUCAGAAUUUAUUUUUAUUUCUUAUUUUUGUGUCUUUCCUUGCUCUCCUGAUGCAUAAUCAAGUCAACUCAUGAAGGGCAAAUAACUGAUUUUUGUAUAGCCUAUAAAAAUAGUGUAAUAACCAUUAUUAAAAUUGAAAUGCUUCAUAUAAAUAUUUUUAUUUUGAUCACGAUAACUUCUGCACAUGUGUGCUCUAGCAAGAGAGAAAGACAAAAUGCACUCUACAUGUGCACCCAAUAG